GUUCAGGAGCCUCAGUAGUAUUUCCGUUUAUUUUUGUAUCGUCUUUUCCCUUGAUUAACUAUAUAAUAAACAAACAACAAGUAAAUCUAUUGUGCUAAACCCACGUGUUAGAACAUGUAAAUCACUUGAGAAACAGAUGUGUCACUGUCGACAAUCAUGGCGUGUUUUUCUCGGUCCGGAUAUUGUGUAAUAUUAAUUUUCCCAGUUGUUGAAAGAUAACUUGGUAUUACAGUUAUUUUGAUGAGAAGAUUAUACAUCGACAAUCAGGCACCGAUGAAACUACUAUAUGCCCGCCAAAAUAUCACGUUAGUUCGAUGAGGGAAGAAGUUAACUCGUUGUGUAUUCGUUGAACAUCAAAUGAAAAUAUUAGUUUUAUCCCUCAUUCAGAUAUGGAUUAUAUUUUAUUUGAUUCAUGUUACAAAACCUUCAGUAAUAUUAAACAGACUUGCAAAUACAACGAAAGCAGGUGUUAUUGAUUCACGAAAUAGUUCAAAACCAGUGUUUUAUAACCUUGACCGAUGGCUUGCUAACCAAGUAUCAAAAGGAAAAACUUUUCAAAGUAUUACGAUAAUACCAGUACUAGCUAUAAUUGCUUUCUUGUGGAUUAUUUGUCUGCGCGCUUGUAAAUGGAUGAGAGAAGACUCUAAAUUCCACGAAAGAGGAUGUAGUUAUGACGUCACAUCGUAUGUUAUUGUGACGCAGGAAGAUCAAGAUUUUGACGAAUUGAAUUUAUCGACCUCGCAUCUGGUAUAUGAUACUGUAACUUCGAUGAAAGGUUUACAAAACCGAAUCGAUAAUAAAAUGUAUGAUACGGUGACCUCGUAUGCGUCGUUAGUGAAAUAUAACACAGCAAUGAAUGCAAGAAGGAGUCCGACACCAGACAUACAAAAACCGGAGGGUAUAAAAGAAACUGUUCAAAAGAAUGGCCGAUUUUAUAUUGCACCAGUGAUUGAUAAUUAUGUACGCUUAAAAAAUACUAUGAACUCAAAAAAGUUAAAACCUUCUCUUAAACAACCUAGUUUUCAUUUGAGGGAUAUUACAGAUUUCAGUGCAUCAAUGUCGUACGAAAACAGACUACCGAAACGGUCACCUCGUCGGUCGGUGUCGGACAGUCGAUUGUUUUCAGCAGGUUCAGGAAUUAUUAAAACAAACAGACGAAAUGUUUCAAUUCAAGUGAAAAAAAGUGUUAGUAAAUUGACAUUUGGAUCAGCUGUUUCACGAGACGAAAAUUCCAAUAAAAGUCCUAUUGAAUGUACUUCUUUAAAUCCAAACGUGGGAGACGUAUACAUACUUAAUGAUAUUAAAGAUUUAAAUGAAAUUUGUGACCACCCAACCGUGAUGAAUAAUAAUAAGUUAUAUACAACCGCUAUGAUACAUGCUAAUUGUGUAUCUAACGAAGAAGAAAUAAAUCAAAAUAGCAACAUAUCUAUGAAAGAAUCACAUAAAACAUUAAAAUCUCAUGGAAUGAAAAAAGAAAAUGAUAAUGUCAUAUCAAGUUUGACGCUUUCUAAAGACCUUGAUAAAUACAAUGAAAACAUUCCAUCUAGAAAUGAACAAAAGUGCAAAACAUGCAAAGAAAAUGAAGAAAAUUCAAAUGAUUGCAGUAUUAAAGUAAAUAAUAACCACCGUAACGAACAAAUAUAUACCUCAAACACAGAAUUGUCUUCCAAAUGCCAAAACUCUGUCGUAAAACUCAAUGACCGUGAACAUGUGCGUUGUUCAUUGUGUUUAAAGAACGACAAUAGGCACUCAUGUGUGAUUUCUGAAAACUGUGCACAUACGUCUUCCGAACUUCAUGCCAAUGACGAUUUACAAAAGCAACAGUCUUCAUCAGGAAAUAUAUUAAAAGAAGAUUGUAAUCGCAAUGACGAAUUUAUUAUGCAUAAACAAACUUCGGUUCAGACAAAUAACUAUAUUUGUGAUGAAUGCUCAAAGAUUACGAAUCAUACACUUUCAUCUACAUUCCAAAAUAAGUCAUGUUCAUGCAAAUAAACAUUUUAAUGAUACUGAAA